CUUGUUUAUUGAUGCCCGGCUAUCGGAGAGUUGUGAAGAGUUUAUGUGAACUACAAAUCAUUUAAUUUAUCUUAUUAUUGUUUACCAAAUAUUUUAUAAGCUAUGUAUAUAUGUAUUGAAUUUAUCAGUUGUGCAAGUCCAAAUCAAACACCUGAUCAGCGAACAUGGCAAGUGCUGCACCCAUUCAGUUAAUGGAGUUGAAGGGCAAGGUGGCUUUGAUCACAGGAGGAGCAACUGGUAUUGGGCUGGCAAUGGCUGAUUCCCUACUUGCUGAAGGCCUCAAGAAAGUAUAUAUUUCUGGAAACAUCGACAAAGAUGGAGAGGAAGCAGUACGAGAAAUGACAAAAAAAUAUGGUGAAGGCAGGUGUAGUUUUAAACAUUUAGAUGUUACAAGCCUACAGCAGUUUGAAGAAGUUGUCAAAGAAAUUGUAUCUACAGAAGGAGGUUUAGAUAUUCUGCUCAACAAUGCAGGCAUAGUCAAUGAAAGAAAAUGGGAACUACAAACAGAUGUAAACAUUAAUGGAACAAUGAGAGGAUGUCUGCUUGCUCUAAAGUAUAUGGCUAAUAGGGGUGCAUGCAUUGUUAACACAUCAUCUAUUGCAUGUUUUGACCCUGUUCCAUAUUUACCUGGAUAUUCUGCUUCUAAAUCUGCAAUUACUGGAUUAUCAAGAGCAUUUGGAGAUCCAUUACUUUUUAAAGAACACAACAUACGCUUCUUGGUCGUUGCACCUGGUGCUACAAAGACCGGUAUAGGCAACAUCACUCCUGCAUCCUAUCACUAUAAUGAGGAGUGGGGAAGAAUCAAUCUAGAACAAUUUUACAGUGCACAAGAUCAAGGUCCAGAAGCUGUUGGUAAGGGUACUGUCUAUAUUAUCAAGUAUGGAUCCUCAGGGAGUGUGUGGGUAGUUGAACAUAACCAGUUAUUAAGAGUAACACAGCCAAAACGGGAGUCGUAUCAAACAAAAAUAAUGGAUCUUUAAAAGUAUCAAGGAACUGGAUUUAAAUUAUUAACAUUUAUUGUUUGUUACAUUUUAUAAUAUUUUUAAAACUUACAUAACACUGCAGAACUAUUCAAAUUAUGUUGCCAACUUCAUUCUGUAAUUCAUAUAAAUAUAUAUUAUAUAUAA